AUGAUGCCGAGGCAUAGCCUGCGAUUGCUUGCCUUGCUGGGCCUCAGCCAGGCCCUGCUUGCCCCGAGCCGCAGCGCUGUCAAAGCGCGAAGCGACGUCGUCGUGGCCUCGACGCCGGCGGAGGUCGCCAUCGCGGCGCAGACGCAGCUCUUGUCGUUAGCGGCGGUGACGACGGGCGAGGGCCUCUGGUCGACGGUCUCGUUCGGCUUCAGCGUGGGACGGGCGAUCCAGUGCCUGGCGCCGCCUUUAUUAGCCUCGGUGGUCUUAGUAGGCGCGUCGGGCUCCGUCGGCUCGGGCGUCGCCGGCGAGAUGGCGCCGGGAUUAUUAGCCUCGUCAGUCGCCACGCUCGGCCUCGUCGCGUCCUACGCUUCAAGACUGUCAGAGAAGCAGACGGGCGACGAGGGCGACGACCCGCCGAAGGAGGUUAUAGGCCUGUUCGCUGUAUUGGCAUUCUUCGGCUUCGCGACGGCGACGCAAAGUCUCUUCGCGGCGGGCAUCGUGGGCGUGCCGCAGCUGCCCGACUUCUUCGGGAGCGGGGAGCUGCCGGACGACCUCGGUCUGUAGGCUUAACUUGGACUACUGCUAGGUGCGCGUUCCCCCUUCGUCGCGGGGCGCCCCAAUCCGUUGAGCUAUCUGCAUCGUCUGUGUUUGCGGUCGCGAGCGCGGCCGUUGAGAGCGGGCUUCGUAUGAGUUCCGGUGCGCCGCCGGGCCCAGACCUCCUGCGCGCGAUUCCUGGCGUGCUUUGAAGGGGGGCUAGGGAGGGGCUACAAGCUCGUAGGGUAAGAGCUUGGAGGGGGGGGUCCGCCGUUUUGAUAGUUUGCAUCAGUGUGUAUUUGCCUUCGCGCCUCGACACCGCAACCAUUAUCCCCCUCUGGGCUGCCCUCGGGGCACGGCCCGAACUCCCUGACCUCUCGCCGAGGUCGGAAGCGCGGCGGGCCGCCGGAACCGACGAGCCGGUUGAGCACCGGGCUGCCACCGGAGUCACUGCCGCGAGCGCACACCCGGAACCGUCGACUCGUCACCGGGCUGCCACCGAGGUCACCCAGACGGUCACCCGGACGGCCGUAGAGCCGAGAGCGGAACCGUCGACCCUUUGGUCGCAGACGCGCGGCGGGCCGCCAGACCAAGAGCCGCUUGAGCACGCCGGGCUCGACGCCCUGCUGGCCGAGGUCGAGGCCGAGCAGGAGGCCCAGACGGUCGAUCCCCGCGGACGGCCGCAGACGCAACCGCAGAACCUCGCGGACGCGGCGCGGCCGGAGGUCACCCAGACCGCGCUCGCCGCACACAACAAGACGGAGGUCCUCUGCAACCACUGCGGGGGGCGGCUCACGCACGGCGAGGCCAAGUGCCCCCACUGCGGCGGCCAGGCCACGCACGCGCUCCACUCGCCGCCCCCCAAGAUGCAACACAGCAUGGAGAUGACGCCGCCCCGGAAACAACAAAUGAAGCGCCCGCCGAUGACGCCUAGGGUCAAACACACGACGGCGUUCGGGGCCGUAUUGCACGUCCUGAAAGGCCAGCCGAAACCUCAGGGAUGCUGCGGCAGCGAGCACCACGUCAUGACGCUCUUCGAGGGCGGCAUCCAGGCGCAGUCGACGGACACGCACUGCUGCGGCUGCUGCGAGCACGUCUACGUCAAAGUGAUCCCGAAGCACACGAUCAUCGGCGUCGACGUCAAUUCCAAGAGGUACUGCUGCUCGAACUGCUGCAAGACCUCCAAGGUCCACUUUAAAGUGAAAAGGGACCCGUCGAUGCAGGCGACGAAGGGCUGGUGGCACAAGGACGAGACUUCCGUCUAUCUGAAGAUCCGGGGCAUCGCGAACACGCAUUUACUCUUCGACUACGUCUACGGCAUCCUGGCCAAGUCCGGCGUCGGCGACCGGGCCCACAACCUCGCGCACAUGAUGGCGUCGGGGCUCUGCGACAAGGCCGAGGUCAAUUUAGAUCUGGGCUUCGGUGUGGAUGGCGGGGGGAUCGGCGCUUGA